UUGUGAAUGCGGCCGGCGGCCGCAGCAGCAGCUGAAGUUCUGCGCUCCCCAAUCCUGCCUCCUGGGCAGGCGCCUGGAGCUAAGUACGCAUCUCAACUGCACCGAAGCCUCCUCUGUCUUUUCAAGCUCUUCAUGCUACCCAACUGAAAGGAGAAAAUGGGCACGGGGGAUUUUAUCUGCAUUUCCAUGACCGGAGGGGCGCCCUGGGGGUUCCGACUGCAAGGUGGCAAGGAGCAGAAGCAGCCCCUGCAAGUUGCUAAGAUACGAAGCCAGAGCAAAGCCUCUGGGUCUGGGCUCUGUGAGGGGGAUGAAGUGGUUUCUAUCAAUGGCAACCCUUGCGCAGACCUCACCUACCCCCAAGUCAUCAAGCUCAUGGAGAGCAUAACAGACUCUCUCCAAAUGCUUAUCAAAAGACCAUCCAGUGGAGUAAAUGAGACUUCCAUCUCUGAAACUGAAAACAAAAGCCCAGAGCAUCUCACCCAGGAGGGGCGCGUGGAAAGUACCACCCUGCAAAUUCGACCAGCCGCAAAGAACCAGCACAGAGAGUUGUAUGUUGCCUCGGUCAGGAGUGGAGCUCCUCUAGCUGAGGACCAAGCGAGUGGUCCAGGUUUUUCUGGGAGCAUAAAUGAAGAAACAGGCCUGAGCCACCAUGUGGCUCCCCAUACGCCCGACUCGCAAACAGGAGGCUUAGCAGAGGAGAUUAUCUUAAGGGAGAAGGCAGAAGUUGGACGGCCAGGCCCUGUGGUUGAGCUACAACUGUCCCUUUCACAAGAGAGACACAAGGUCACCAAUGUCCCCGUGGUGGCUCUCCUGGGAGCUGAAAAAUCCAAGUCUCCUGACCCAGAUCCUCAUGUACAACACGGCAGGAUCGUCCACAUAAAUUCAGUUCCCACUAAGGAGAAAGGGGAGCCUUCUCUGAGGUCCAGCAAGAUAAUCCAGAUCUCCAGUGGCAAAGAGUUAAAAGUGAUCCAGGGAAGUGAAGCAGGAGACGCGGGGCUGCCCCGAGUGGAAGUGAUACUCGACUGCUUGGACAGGCAGAAGACGGAAGGGUGCAGGCUUCAGGCAGGAAAGGGGUGUGUGGAUUCUCCAGUGGAAGGAGGGCAGUCAGAAGCACCUCCUUCUCUGGUAUCCUUUGCAGUCUCAUCAGAAGGCACAGAGCAGGGAGAAGAUCCACGCUCGGAAAGGGAUCACAGCAGACCUCACAAGCACCGAGCGCGCCACGCACGGCUCAGGAGGAGUGAAAGCCUAUCAGAAAAGCAGGUGAAAGAAGCAAAAUCUAAAUGCAAAAGCAUUGCCCUCCUUCUCACGGAUGCCCCCAACCCCAACUCCAAGGGGGUGUUGAUGUUUAAGAAGCGCCGUAGGCGGGCCAAGAAAUACACCCUAGUCAGCUACGGCACUGGCGAACUUGAGCGCGAGGCAGACGAGGAGGAAGAAGGUGACAAAGAGGAUACUUGUGAAAUAGCAUUUCUGGGCACGAGUGAAUCUGAGGUGGAUGAAGAGUUACUGUCUGACGUUGACGACAGCGCGCGCGUUGUGAACUUUGACUGGGAUUCUGGACUAGUGGACAUCGAAAAGAAACUGAACAGAGGGGACAAGAUGGAGAUGUUGCCAGACACCUCAGGCAAGGGCGCCCUCAUGUUUGCCAAGAGGAGGGAGCGAAUGGAUCAGAUCGCGGCCCAAAAGGAGGAGGAGAGGGUGCGUGGAAUGCCAAGCGGAGAACCCGAUGCUGCACAGACCGACGGCCUGAGAACCACGGCUUCUUACCAAAGGAAGGAAGAAGAAUCCGUAAGAAUGCAGAGCUGUGUGAGCAGAAGCUACAUCGAGGUGAGCCACGGUCAUGGCCACGUGCCCCAACACAAUGGCUUCACUGGGGCGUCCGACACAGCAGAGGCCCAGAGGAUGAUCCCUAUGAACAGAACAGCCAAACCCUUCCCGGGGUCCGUGAGCCAGGCAGCGACCCCCUUCUCCCCAACCCGGAACGUGACGAGUCCCAUGGCGGACUUCCCGGCGCCUCCGCCCUAUUCUGCAGUCACACCUCCACCUGAAGGCUUCUCCAGAGCCGUGUCAAGCCCGCUAGCUGGCCCCGCACAGCCUCCUCCGUGGCCCCAGCCCGCCCCAUGGUCCCAGCCAGCCUUCUACGACUCGUCUGAGCGAAUAGCCUCCCGGGAUGAAAGGAUCGCCGUGCCAGCAAAAAGAACAGGAAUAUUGCAGGAGGCCAAAAGGAGAAGCACGACAAAGCCCAUGUUCACUUUUAAAGAGCCCAAAGUAAGCCCAAAUCCUGAACUCUUGUCACUUCUUCAAAAUUCAGAAGGCAAAAAGGGCACUGGAGCUGGAGGCGAUUCCGGACCCGAAGAAGACUACCUCAGUUUGGGAGCAGAGGCUUGUAAUUUCAUGCAGAGCUCCACUGCCAAACAAAAGACUCCACCUCCUGUCGCCCCGAAACCUGCAGUCAAGACCUCGUCCUCCCAACCAGUAACUCCAGUUUCUCCAGUCUGCUCCCCAGGAGUGGCUCCAACCCAACCUCCUGCCUUCCCCACGUCCAACCCGUCGCAGGGCACCAUUGUCUCCUCCAUCAAAAUAGCCCAGCCUUCCUACGCUCCUGGCCGGCCCGCGAGCUCUCUGACCCUGGCUGGUCCCUUCAAAGGCCCACAGGCAGCAGUAGCCAGUCCCAACUACACACCUAAGCCAACAGCUCCCACACCAACAGUAAACGCUGCUCAUGCUGGUGCCCGGGGACCAUCCAAUGAGCUUCCCGGAAUGAGUGGGAAAGGAGCCCAGCUCUUUGCUAAAAGGCAGUCGAGGAUGGAGAAGUACGUGGUAGAUUCCGACACGGUGCAGGCCCAUGCUGCUCGCGCCCAGUCUCCCACUCCGUCUCUACCAGCCGGUUGGAAGUACUCCUCCAACGUCCGAGCUCCUCCUCCUGUGGCCUACAACCCCAUCCACUCCCCCUCCUACCCUCUGGCUGCUCUCAAGUCUCAGUCAUCAGCCCCACAGGCCUCCAAGACAAGCAAGAAAAAGGGCAAAAAACCCCUCAAUGCCUUGGACGUCAUGAAGCACCAACCAUAUCAGCUAAAUGCAUCCCUGUUUACUUUCCAACCUCCUGAUGCAAAGGAUGGCCUCCUCCAAAAGUCAUCCGCCAAGGUCAGUUCAGUACCAGCCAUGAAGCAAGCUCUUCCUCCCCGGCCCGUGAAUGCUGGCUCGCCCACUCCUGCGCAGGCCUCGUCUGUGUACUCGGUGCCAGCAUAUAGCUCUCAGCCUGCCUUCUUUGCAGAGGCCACCUCACCGGUCAGUGCAUCCCCUGUGCCCGUGGGCAUUCCCACCUCUCCAAAGCAAGAAUCAGCCUCAACGUCUUACUUUGUGGCACCGAGGCCGAAGUUCUCAGCCAAGAAAAGUGGUGUCCCAGUUCAGCAGAUUAGACACUCCCUUUCUCUUCCUGGAAGACCAGUCCCUCCAGCCAUCUCCACAACAUCUCCUUGGGAAUUCCAGCCUGCUUAUAACUACUCUAGCAAACCAACUGAUGAGCUAGAGAAGGCAAACAAGAGACUAACUCCCUGGGAAGCAGCAGCGAAGUCUCCUCUUGGUCUAGUGGAUGAUGCCUUUAAACCCAGAAACAUCCAGGAAUCCAUUGUGGCAAAUGUGGUCUCAGCGGCUAGGAGGAAGGUGCUUCCAGGGCGCUCAGAAGAUUGGAAUGAGAGACUGUCCUAUGUUCCUCAAGCCCAGAAGGCCAAUGUGAGCUUAUUUGCAAGGCAAGAGUAUAAUGUUGCAUCUUUACCUAAUAAUAAUAAUAUGUCCACCAACUCCCAAUAUGGUUCACAGUUACCAUAUGCAUAUUAUAGGCAGCCUUCCAGAAAUGAUUCUGAAAUAAUGUCCAUGGAAACUAGGUCUGAUUACUGUCUUUCAAUAGCUGAUUGCAACUACAACCCACACCCAAGGGGAUGGAGACGCCAAACAUGAAUGUUAGAAAAACUGACCAUGUGCCAUCUACAAUAGUAAUUUUUAAAAUGUUCCUUUGUAGGGUGUUUCACUUUUCCAGUAGGUUUUGACUCACUUUUGGUCUUGGCUUAUUCUCAGAAGUCAUUUAUUUGAGUUUGUGUGUGUGUGUAAGUACACGUGAGUGAUCUCUUCCUUGUCUGCUCAUGAUAGAGAAUUUCCUUGAGGAAAAAAUUCAUUUUCUGCAUUGAUGUGCUUGCAUUUAUAUCUAAUUCAUAAUCUUAAUUCCAUUUAUUCCAUUAAUAUGAGGUAGUCUAGGCAACUAAACGCUGCUCAUUUAAAGUGAAAAUAAGUAUUUUCUUCUAAGUGUCGUAGUCCAGGAAGGAAUUAACAGAAUAUGAUGCUCUAAUUGUCAUUAGCAGUAAGAGCAAGGAAUAUAACAUGGGAGAAGUUUUCAAUGAGAGCAUGCCAUUGAAUGAUAAUUAUAUUAAAAAGGAUUUCCUUGGUGUUGUUUUAAGCAUUUCUCUGAAACAUUAUCAAAAAUCCAAUGACAUUCAGUUUUUUAGAACUGAAAUGUAAGUGUUCUCAGAAAGAAAGAAAUAUUUGACAGAAAGAUAAUUAUACAAUCCAGAAGGACUUUUGAGGCAAGUUGUGUAAUGUAUGGGUAAUAGAUUUGGGUAUAAAAUUUAUUUUUAAUCUAUUUAAAGGCAGCAGCCUGAGACAGGAAUAGAUUCUGAGUUCAGGUAUCCUCAUUUGUCAAAUGAGAAGAUCAGACUAUUUAAUCUCUUGAUAUUCUGAGAUUUUCUCAUUGGUAGAAUAGCCUUUGGUGCAUUAUUCAUUUUUGUUGCUCAUCAUAUAAACGCAGGAUUAAUUUAGGAGUGGGUUAGGUCAUCAGUGUCACUACAUGUAUAAUUAAAGGUCCAAAAGGAAUUGUUGGGAGACAGGUUUUGUGCUAUGUGUUACAUGGAGGGAGGGUUGAUGUGAAGAAAAAUAAAACUGUUAAUGGAUUGAAGGAAGUGGUAGAUGGAUGUGUCUGUUAUUAUGCAACUGUAGGUCAUGACCAUUUAUUUAGUUACAGAAAACAAAGUCAUCAUUAAGAUGUUCAAAGGAAGCUGAACAGCUGCUCGGUCAAUUUCAUGACCCAGGCCUUAUUAGCACGACCAUGAGACAAUCAGACACCUGCUCCUUACUGCCAUACCCACAAAGUAGUCACUACAAGGAAAUUCAAAGCAUUUAACAUCCUAAACAAGAAUUGAGAACA